UGAACAACGUGCAUAUCACGUUCGCAUUUUUCAUACAUUUAAUUUCUUUCUUUUGAUACGAAUUUGAAGUGACUUAUCGACUUACAUCGUGUGUUUGUUGUUUUCCUAAAAUUAUACUACAGUCCAAACGUGUGAAGUCCCUGACUUUCCAUUUAAUGAUGAGAUGGCUGCCGUCUACCAGUCUUUCUAUGCAGUGAUUAUGGAAAUGCAGAUCUACAGUCAUAUUUGACAAGCUGUCGAAAUUAUGGCGCUAACCGUCGUUCCCUCGACCCGCAUUUUUAACGGAAAUGUGGGAACGCAGACAUACGUUUCCGGUUCGACAGGUUCGAAGUGUCCCUGCUGUCCUUAUGGAUAUCACAUCGAUCUGGAUUUUGUGCGUUAUUGCGAGGCUGUCGCGGCCGGAAGUGCCAACGAUAGGCUCAGCAUAGAGAGACGCAGGAAACGAGAACGCCGUAGACAAUGUCAGUCAAUGGAGGUUCUUUUGGGAUUGGUGAGUCCAGCAUUGGCGGGUAUAGAAGCCGAAUUAACGAAAAUACCGCAAGAAUGCACGACCAUAAACGACGUUACUACAUUAUCGAAUCAUCCGUCGUUACUGAAACAACGGACAGAUUCGCGUCCCUCGCCAGUCUUGGAUCUCAGUGAUGUCGUAGGCGAUUUCGAGGCAACUCUCAAACAAUCUUCUAGAUCAUCGAAAGCUCCUAAACAUCAAUUCUUCGUGGAAAUCGAUGGCAUGAAUGGGGCAGCAUCGGUGCAAAAUGCGGCCCAGUUGGCAGAUUCCGACAACGUCAGUGUCGGAAGCGGUAACUCAAAUCUCAGCACUGGUGCACUUCAGAAUAUCAGAGAACAAAUGGCGGUAUCUCUGGAAAGAAUGAAGGAGCUGGAGGAACAGGUCAAGGCGAUUCCCAUGCUGCAAGUGCAAGUCUCGGUAUUGAAAGAAGAGAAACGCAAUCUUCUGCGACAAGUGGAUGAGCUAAGUAAAACGAAUUCUCGUAAUGAUGCCUUGCAUAGGUAUCGUAGUCAGUCAUUCUCGGAACAGCAUGUCACUGCUCUGCGUAAUUUGAAGAAUACAGGAACUAUAUAUACCAGAGACAUGGGAACUAUGUGUGGUGUGAUGACAAGAGACAUCGGUGUAUCACAUCAACAGAUUAGAACGAGAGAUGUCGGUAUGAUAACGAGCACGCCAAUUAAACCGUUUUUACAAAAAAGCCAAUUACAAAUCGAGGAGAUUAAGCCUGAGGUUCAAGAUGGAAAUAUCGCACUGGAAGAUGAAACAUCAUCGAAUCUUACGAAUUUUUACGAUUUCCAGCAUCGUAGUUUAAAAACCAAUCUAAUUCGUAGUCAAUUGAUGUUGGAAGAGAUUCUGCCCGAAGUACGGAAAAAGCAUCUGAUAAAAACUCCUUUUCACAUAGAAUCGAUAUCAUUUGACGAGAACGACUCAAUCAAUUACAAAACCGCGAAAAAAAUGCGUGAUUUUGGCAUCAACACAGAAAACAGAUCCAAGGUUCUCCAGUGUAGUCAUUUCUUGAUCGAGGAUAUUCCGCCAGAAGCGAAGAAAGAAAUAAAAAUACGUUCUUGCGGUACAACAACGAGUUUGAGUAUGAAGGAUAUUUUAACGAAAGAGGAUACUACAUUGCUCGUAGAGGACGCUUUGAAAAGUUAUAGCAGUAACUUAAUGAAAAACACUUCUUCUAAGAGCGUUCAAUGCCUGCUGGAAACAGUCAAAUUUGAAAAGCGAGAUUAUGCAGUCCAGGUGACUGAAUUGUUCAAGAUGCGUUCGCAUGUGAGUGUAACCGCCAAGCCAUCGAUGACGGAGGUUGGAGUUGAAGUCAAACUUGAUCCAUUCACCAAGAGUGUAUGCGUCGGACCAGAUCCAAUAACGAUGCAGCCACCAGUGUCACUAAAUUCGAUGAAUUCGAGAAGUCAUUCGUUCAAUUAUGGCGACACGAGGAUUAAAAUGAAAGCCAAUAAAUCGGUGGCAGUGACAAUGGAUGACUUGGUGAGAACUAUUACUCGGGGCACUGACACUUUUGGCCUCACGCCGAAAUGCCGAGAUGUCGGCAUUUCGACGACGAAGAAGAAGUUCAUUGAUGUGUCGGUUGGUGACUCCGUUAGGCCACAUAUCUCAAUUUCUUGUGCAGCUAACUAUUGCGACAAUUGCAAGGAAACGAUUAAGAGUCUAGCAAAACAGAUCGCGAAUAAUGCAGAGAACAGCCUAAAUCAUCAGAAUAGUAAUAUGGUAUCUAGGAUUCCAAGACCGUCUCAUAUUUUCUUGAAUAUUUCCGGUGAUCACAAGAAGCAGUUCAAGCGUCAAGAUACGUACACGAAAGUAGCAGCUGCCGGUGUGAUAAGAUACGAUACAGACAACAAGGAGCAAUACGACAGUAGUAAUCGCAAUUUUCAACAAUUACAAAUUGAGAAAAACAAGCAUGAAAAAAUUGCAUCAAAAGAGAUGUGUAGUAUGGAAAAGGAGGAUAAUGAAGAAAAGUCUGAGCUAUCAGAAUCAACUUUGUUUCAACCAAUUCAGGAUAAACCAAGGAAGAAAGUGGAGCCUACAAAAGAGAUGCAAGCUGCCAUGAAAGUGCUCAAUGACAGUAUCAAAAAAUCACCUAGUAGGAACAUUACUCAUCAACUUAAAAAUGCUACUAAUAUUAUACAGCAAGAAUGGUUCAAGAUAUCCAGUACAUCUAAUGCAAAUCCAUUAGAUGUUGAAGAUUAUUUGGACCGAUUUGAAGAGUGCUCUAGUACUUUGCUGGAAUACAUUGUUAACAUGACAGAUACCAGUGGUAACACAGCGAUGCAUUAUGCAGUUUCUCAUGGCAAUUUUGAUGUAGUAUCUAUACUGUUAGACUCCAAAGUCUGCGAUAUUAACAAAGCAAAUGUGGCUGGUUAUACAGCUGUGAUGUUGGCUGCUUUGGCUGAAGUCAGAAAUUCCACACAUGCUUCUGUGGCGAAUAGAUUGUUCCAACUUGCUGAUGUCAACAUUCGUGCAAAAUUGCAUGGACAAACUGCAUUGAUGUUAGCGGUAUCGCAUGGACGUAAAGAUAUGACGCAGUUACUAUUAGAUGCUGGAGCGGCCGUUAAUAUUCAAGACGAAGACGGUAGCACCGCCCUGAUGUGCGCAGCGGAACAUGGUCAUACCGACAUCGUGAGAUUGCUUCUCGCGCAUCCGGAUUGCGAUCCGUCUAUCGUUGACGUCGAUGGCAGCUCAGCUUUAAAGAUCGCUCUCGAGGCAGGUAAUCGGGACAUCGGGGUGCUACUUUAUGCUCACGAGCAUGUUAAUCGAGGUACCAGUCCGUACUCAACUUUAAGGCGGAGUAGAAGAGGCUCCAAGCCGACAACGCCCACUGGACCAUCUCCGUCGGCUCCAGUUAGUCCAGCGCCGUCGCGGCGUCUUCAUUCGUCCAAUGUUUCUUUAAACACAUCGAAAUAUUUCGCCAAAUAAUUCGAUAGUGAUUCUCCUUUCCAUCCAUCAUAAGCUUUCUCUUCACGCACAUUACUUGAUAUAUAAUGAUGAUAAUAAUUACAGCAGGUAAAUUACAGUAUAAACAGAACUUUGUAUUUAAAUAUAAUUUUUUCGCAUAUUAUUUUUUUAUAUUCUUAUAAAUUAUGACACACACACACACACACACAUACGUAUAAAAAAAUUGACAAUACAUUAAAUUUUUUUUGUCUAAUGAUCGAUUUGUCUCGAUGAAAUUGUAUAAUUUAUCAAGUCAAGGACCAUGCUCAACAAUGUAUAUAUCUAUUCAGGGUAAUGUUAGAAAAAAAUCGUGUACUUCAAUUUGUAAUAGUAAUUAGUUUGUAGUAGUUUAGUAUAACCAUUGUAGUUACUGUUGAACAAAUGUUUGAUGAAACUUUCAUAAUCUUUAUAAAUUUGAUAUAACUUCGAUUAUGUAACAUAUUCUUGAGAACACAAUUCUUCUCUUAAAUAGAGUAUGAAAGUACAAAUUUUUCAAUAUCCAUGAUGAGAUAUAGGUCACAGCAAAUAUCAGGCGAUUCUUUUUUUAUCCUAUGACAUUAAACAUUCCAAAACAAAUGAUCGCGAUGAUUCGAAUUUUUUAUAAGUAUAAUAUAUAGGUUUUAGGCCUAAUUUCGAAUUACUCCGGGAUCAAAUCGUCGAUAGAAUAAUCUUAUACCAAUUAAUAGGAAACAUUACAUGAUACAUAUAUAUAGAGUGUUUCAUGAGUGGUUUCACAAAAUUUCAGAAAUGAAUUCCUCAUGCUUAGAGAAAGAAAAAGUUAAUCAACAUAGGUCCGGAAAUGAUUAGUUUUUGAGUUAUUAGAAGUUUUUUUAUAGGCAUCAACAAUGUUUUUUAAGCCGCCGAACUUGAAAAACAUUGUUGAUGUCUGUAAAAGGACUUUUAAGACGAGAAAUGAGACAAAAUUUUGUAUUACAGAAAUCUUAAUAUGUGUGACCUAUGUUGAUUAAUUUUUUUUUCUUCUCUAAGCAUGAGGAAUCCAUUCCUAAAAUUUUGCCCACCAUUUAUGAAACAUCCUGUA